UCAAAGGACGAGAAAAAAGCGGUUUUAAGCGAAGUUUUCUGCGAUUCACUGAAUAUAACGGAUUGCAGUCUAACGGAGACUAACGACAGGAUUGCUGUCACUGUCUAUAACCCCAUCGCCCGACCCGUCAGUCAGUAUAUUAGGGUUCCGGUGGUCGACGGGAAGUACACUGUAGUCGAUGCCAACGGUACUGAAGUUAAGACAAAGGCUUUACUCCCGGUGUCGGACGCUGUGCGACAACUUCCCGAAAGGAAAGGCAGUCCCGGAACUCAUGAAUUGAUUUUCAACGGACAACUACCGGGCCUCGGAUUCACCACAUUUUUCGUUGAGAAACAGAAAAGCGAUAAAAGCCCACUAAUGGCUGCCCUAACCCGUACCCGUCGGGCACCCAUUGAAAUGAAAGGCAAAUCAUUUACACUGCAAGUGGACGAGACUACCGGUGCCAUACAAUCCAUAACUCUAAACGGCACUAAACAUACCCUGAAACAAUCAUUCAAAUGGUAUAAAGCCUGGGAUAAGGGACCCCGACUAUCAGACUCGGGUAGCUAUGACUUCUGUCCCGACGGUAACGCCCGGGACUACGGCCAACAAAAGCUGGUCUCCCGGCAUACGGACGGUGGGGUACAUGAGCUGAACCAAGAGUUUGCUAACUUUAUCCACCAAACUGUACGCACGUAUGAGGACCAGGACUACAUUGAGUUUGACUGGACAGUGGGUGCCAUACCUUUUGAGGACAAAGUGGGCAAAGAGAUUAUAACCCGCUUUGAGUCUGACUUGAAAACCAAUGGCGAGUAUUACACGGACUCUAAUGGGCGACAGUCUAUACACCGGAAGUACGACCCGAAAAGUACGGCCUGUUUUGGGAAAGUCAUAUCCGGCAAUUGGUUCCCUAUUUAUAAACAGAUAUCGGUUCAGGACAAACAGCAUGGCUUACAGAUGACUGUCCUAAACGACCGGACACAGGGAGGCUCAUCACUACUGGAAGGAGCGGUCGAGCUUAUGGUUCACCGACGACUGGACCACUUUGGGGCCGGCGGUAGCUUUAAUAUCGACGAAUUAGGUGUCGACGGGAAGGGACUGGAGGUGAGGGGCAAACACUACCUGUUCUUCCAACCCAUUACCGAAAGCCCACAACUGGUGCGACCCCUGUCUGAGCAGCUCUUUAUGGGUCCGAUCGAGACGUUCGAUAAAUACACG